CACUUUCUUUCCCUUGGCAGGCCGAAGGAGAAGAACGCAGAGCGGAGGGUAAGAAAAGGUCAAGUUUUGCGGCCUCUCCGAGCCGUAGAACACCUCCGGUCGGAGCCCCGGUCCACCCGCCGGCAGCCGCCUUGACGCGAUUCACCGCCGAUUAGGCCCGGCUUCUCUCGCGGUCUUCUUAUUCUCUGUGGGGAAUUAGUAGAGCUGUGUGGUCGAUAUGUCAGGACCACUCGAUCGAUUUGCGAGGCCCUGCUUUGAGGGGUUCUCCAGUCACGAUGAGAAAAAAGAGCGGAAAUCAGAUGUUGAGAACUCAGAAGACGAAAGGAGGACAAGAAUUGGUUCUUUGAAGAAAAAAGCCAUAAGUGCAUCAACUAGAUUCAGACAUUCUUUAAGGAGAAAGAGCAGAAAGAAGCUUGACACUCGCAUUAGCUCUGUUUCGAUUGAGGAUAUAAGAGACAUUGAAGAGCUGCGUGCUGUUGAUUCAUUUCGCCAGUCCCUAAUUCAGGAUGAAUUGUUACCAUCAAAACAUGAUGAUUAUCAUAUGAUGUUGAGAUUUCUGAAAGCACGAAAAUUUGAUACUGAGAAAGCGAAGCACAUGUGGUCAGAAAUGCUUAAAUGGAGGCAAGAUUUUGGUGCUGACACUAUUAUUGAGGAUUUUGAUUAUACAGAGAUAGAAGAGGUUCUAAAGUACUAUCCACAAGGUUAUCAUGGUGUGGAUAAAGAGGGUAGACCAGUCUACAUUGAAAUGCUUGGAAAAGUUGAUGCUAACAAGCUAAUGCAAGUGACAACUAUGGAUCGUUACAUAAAAUAUCAUGUGAAAGAGUUUGAGCGGUGCUUCUUACUUAGGUUUCCAGCUUGCUCGAUUGCUGCAAAAAGGCACAUUGAUUCCAGCACAACAAUUCUAGAUGUCCAAGGCGUGGGUCUGAAAAACUUUACGAAGGCUGCAAGAGAACUGAUCAUCCGAUUACAAAAAAUUGACAAUGAUAAUUAUCCAGAGACACUAUGCCGGAUGUUUAUAAUUAAUGCUGGUUCAGGUUUUAAGCUUUUAUGGAAUACUGUGAAGUCAUUUCUUGAUCCAAAAACUACUUCUAAGAUUCAUGUUCUUGGCACAAAAUACCAAAAUAAGCUGCUUGAAGUAAUUGAUUCCAGUGAGUUGCCGGAGUUCUUUGGUGGUUGUUGUACAUGCACUGAGUAUGGUGGAUGCCUUAGAUCUGAUCGAGGUCCAUGGAAAGACCCUAAUAUAUUAAAGAUGAUUCUUAAUGGUGAAGCACAAUGUGCUAGGCAAAUUGUUACUGUUUCAAACAGCGAAGGAAAGAUUAUUGCUUAUGCUAAGCCACAAUACCCAGCAAUAAAAGGAAGUGAUACAUCUACUGCAGAGUCUGGCUCAGAACCUGAAGACAUUGGUUAUUCAAGAAGACCUAUCAAUUAUAUCCAUAAACCUCAGUUGACCCCUGUUCAUGAAGAGGUCAAAAAUAUGCAAGCCAAAAUGUUAGGAAAGGCUAGGGUCUCUGGUGGCUCUUCUGAGUAUGAAGAUUGUGUGCCCAUGGUUGACAAGGCGGUAGAUGCAGCGUGGAAGAUUCAAAAUUCUAGUUCGGUACACCCUUCCUCCGAAGGUAGAUUUCGGUUGUUUGACAUGAGUCUGCCGUCAAAUGGAAUUCAUGUUCAAGUUAUUACAUGGCUUACUGCCUUCAUUAUGACCCUUUAUGCAAUGUUCUGUUCAGUCACAAGUCGUGUGACUAAAAGACUCCCGGAGAAAACACACGAGUUUGAUCUCUACUCUCCUGAAUAUGACCUAGAUCAUAUGCCUAAAGAGGAAUUUCGGCCACCUUCACCUUCCCCUUUUUACAAAGAAGUAGAUCUGCUUUCCUCUGUCUUAAAAAGGUUGGGAGAGCUAGAGGAAAAAGUUGAUGAACUUCAAGCAAAACCAUCAAAAAUGCCUUACGAGAAAGAAGAAUUGCUUGAUGCUGCUGUUCGCCGAGUGGAUGCAUUAGAGGCUGAGCUUAUUGCUACAAAAAAGGCUCUAUAUGAAGCUUUGAUAGGACAAGAGGAACUGCUUGCAUAUAUUGACCAGCAAAGGCAGGCUAAAUUUCGGAAGAAAAAAUUCUGCUUUUGAGGCUUGGCAUCAGCACCAUAUUACGCGACCGGUAUAUUCUGGAGUUUAAUCUCCAUAUGUACAAUAUAUACAUGCAUAUAUAUAUAUAUAGACUGUAUUUAGUUUGAGAUUGUAAGGAAUUUCCAAAAGACAUAAGCUUUUUGCUCUUCUGAAGCCAAGAGAAUUUGGAGCUGCAUAUGAUCAAUUUAGGCUUGUGCUCUCUUGUCUGAAUCUUGAUCUUCUAGGCUGGAAUAAAAACCCUAAGGUUACAUCA